AUGAUUACAACAACGAUAAGGAGAACAGCAAUUUUGGGUGAUGAGCCUACAUGGUUGUCGAGUAGAAGUACGGCUACUCUGGAAACUAGCACAGUUGCCACGGAAGAAGACGUAGUAGUCGCAGUGUUGUUGCUGCUGCUGCUACAGCUGCUGCUGCAGAUGCUGAUUGAGACCAUAGCACCUGAAAGUGAUACCCAACCCACUACCGAUAUAAACAAAUUUGACCUGGACUAUACUACCGAGACUUCUCGAGCUCAACCCACGAUGUCUCAAGAAAUGAAUCAGAACAACUUGGCUGAAACUUUGGCAGCAGAUGCAUCGCAGAACUCAAAGAAAUUGCAAAAUGGAACAAUGCCAAUAUCAAAAUCAACACAAGUUGGGGUUGCAGUUGGCGUCCCCAUUGCAAUAUUUGUUAUAUUUUUUAUGGCCUUGGGAUUCUGGUAUUUUCUCAGAUUGCGCAAACAAACACAAUCUGCCAAUAUAACUAGGAUAGAAGGCGAGCCUAAAAGAUUUAAUUUUGACUUUGUUGAGAAAUCAGAACAAAGCACAGAUACUGGUAAUGAGAAACCAUAUGCCGACUUGUUUUCCCCAACAAACUACUUAAAGACGGCAAAGGACCUUGAACUGUAUCUGCACCACAAACCAUUAAACUAUGGUGCGAGUAUCAAUAUCAAUAACAAUAACAACAACGACAGCAGCAGCAGCAACAUCGACAACAUCGACAACAUCGACAGUCUGAAGGGGGUUUUCAAGCGUCUAAGCAUGUGGGCAAAAAGAGACAAACGACACUCAAAAGCAGGAGAAGAUGUCGAGGUACAGCAACAAAGAACAUCCUUGCCACACUUAUCAACCAACACAACAUCUACCAGUCCCACCCUGCUUCGAAAGUUUCAUUUGACCAAAGGAAAGAAUAACUUUAUGGCUCAUGAAAUAGAUGCAAAUAACAAAAAUGAUAAGCAAGAAAGAGGAAGAGAAGAAGAAAAUGGAAAAGGAAAACUGAAAGGAAAAGGCGAUGCAGUCAGCAAUGAUUUUACAGGGCGAGAAGUUCACUUUAUGGAUUCUCGCGAUCUGUCACAGUUUCCUGCUAAGAAUAAAGUCGAUGCGUAUGAUAAGAGUGUCUAUGUGGUAACCCGAGCCUACCAGAGCCAGCUUCCUGACGAGUUAUCAAUAAAAGUUGGAGACAAAUGUAUGAUCAUGGAGCAAUUCGAAGACGGGUGGUGUAAAGUCCGUUUAUUACAAAUGGCUGGUACAAACCGAUCAAAAACUGACAAAAUGGGACUUGUACCUAAACUAUGUUUGCAGAACUAUAUAUAG